CCGGGAAGGCCCCCGCGGGGUCCUUCGGCGACGGGAGCGGAGGGAGCGCGAUCGGCGGCGCGAUGAACCUGGAGCUGCUCGAGUCCUUCGGCCAGAACUACCCCGAGGAGGCGGACGGCACGCUGGACUGUAUCAGCAUGGCGCUGACGUGCACCUUCAACCGCUGGGGCACGCUGCUGGCCGUGGGCUGCAACGACGGCAGGAUCGUCAUCUGGGACUUCCUGACCCGCGGCAUCGCCAAGAUCAUCAGCGCCCACAUCCACCCCGUCUGCUCCCUGUGCUGGAGCCGGGACGGGCACAAACUGGUCAGCGCCUCCACCGACAACAUCGUGUCCCAGUGGGAUGUUCUGUCCGGGGACUGCGACCAGCGGUUCCGCUUCCCCUCGCCCAUCCUCAAAGUCCAGUACCACCCCCGGGACCAGAACAGGGUGCUGGUGUGUCCCAUGAAGUCGGCCCCGGUGAUGCUGACCCUGUCCGACUCCAAGCACGUGGUGCUGCCCGUGGACGACGACUCCGACCUCAACGUGGUGGCGUCGUUUGACCGCCGGGGGGAAUACAUCUACACCGGGAACGCCAAGGGCAAGAUCUUGGUCUUAAAAACAGACACUCAGGAUCUUGUUGCUUCCUUCAGAGUGACCACAGGGACCAGCAACACCACGGCCAUUAAAUCCAUCGAGUUCGCCCGCAAAGGGAGCUGCUUCCUGAUCAACACGGCCGACCGGAUCAUCCGCGUGUACGACGGGCGGGAGAUCCUCACGUGCGGGCGCGACGGCGAGCCCGAGCCCAUGCAGAAACUGCAGGACCUGGUCAACAGGACCCCCUGGAAGAAGUGCUGCUUCUCGGGGGACGGCGAGUACAUCGUGGCGGGCUCCGCGCGCCAGCACGCGCUCUACAUCUGGGAGAAGAGCAUCGGCAACCUGGUGAAGAUCCUGCACGGCACCCGCGGCGAGCUGCUGCUGGACGUGGCAUGGCACCCGGUGCGGCCCAUCAUCGCCUCCAUCUCCAGCGGGGUGGUUUCCAUCUGGGCCCAGAACCAGGUGGAAAACUGGAGUGCUUUUGCCCCUGAUUUCAAGGAGUUGGAUGAAAAUGUGGAAUAUGAGGAGAGGGAAUCGGAAUUUGACAUCGAGGAUGAGGAUAAGAGCGAGCCAGAGCAGACAGGUGCGGACGCAGCCGAGGAUGAGGAGGUGGACGUGACCAGCGUGGAUCCCAUCGCCGCCUUCUGCAGCAGUGACGAGGAGCUGGAGGACGCGCGGGCGCUGCUGUACCUGCCCAUCGCCCCCGAGGUGGAGGACCCCGAGGAGAACCCCUACGGGCCGCCCCCCGACGCCGUGCCCGGCGCGCUGCCCGACGACGCGCUGGGCCCCGACAGGAAGCGCCCCGGCGCCCCGGACGGACCCCAAAACCCCAAGAAAAAACCCAAAACCACCAACAUCGAGCUCCAGGGAGUCCCCAGUGAUGAAGUGCACCCGCUGCUGGGCGUGAAGGGCGACGGUAAAUCCAAGAAGAAGCAGGCGGGCAGGCCCAAAGGAUCAAAAGGUAAAGACAAAGAUUCUCCAUUUAAACCGAAACUCUACAAAGGGGACAGAGGUUCUUUACCUCUGGAAGCCGCGGCCAAGGGGAAGGCGCAGGCGGAGCUGGGCCAGCCCCUGACAGCAGGUGGGGCAAUCUCAGAGUUGCUAUGAAGACUCUCCCUCCUCUCCCUGCCUCCUUUCCUCUCUUGGCUCCCCGGUGUGGAAAGGCUGGAAUUCCCAGUCAGGACUGGCACAGACUGAAUUCCGUGGAUUCAGGGAGUGAUUUGGGGCAGGAAUGACUCUGGAAGAGGGAGCAGCCUCCGGCCUCCUGCUGCCUCUCCGUGGAUCAGGCUGGCUCGGAGCUCCAGCCGGGAUUUUUGGGGACAAAUCCCCGUCCCAAAGUGACCUGAGCGCCCCUUCCCCGCCACUCCAGAGCCUCUCCACCUUUUAGCUCCCAAAAUUCUCAUCAUUCCCGGAUGGAAGAGCAGCCCAAAGUGGGACUUUGGAUUCCUGUCUCCUGCCCAGUCCCCCUUUUCCAGCUGGGAAUUCCCGAGUCGCUGAGCCCGGCUUUUCCCCGGCUGACGGGAUCAGGGCAGAGCUGCUGAUCCCAGCCCAGAUUUUCAGGAAUUUCCCGUGGGAUGUGAGGAGCUGAAGCCCUUCCGGAGUCUUCUUUGGUUUUGUGUUUAUUUUUCCCACUCUGCCGGUGGCAGAAGGAGCAGCUUUAGAUAAAAAAAGUCAUUUUCCAAUGGA